GCAGUUCGAGAAAUGGUAUCGACCAAAUAUGGCAGCCUCCGUGUGGAAGCGGUGUGUGACUGCUGCUGUCAAAGUUAAACAUCUAUCUCCUUCUCUUUUGGGUGAGCACUUGUUAAAUCUGACUUUUAUUGAAUAAUAUUCCUCUACGCUCCAGUUUGUCUCUUAAUCCUUUAUUUUUUGGUUCUUAUUUGACCUCUGGAGCCAAGUUCUCCCCUUAUAAUGUCAUUAGCUAGCGCUAACUGUGUGUAGCUUAAGAUGUCAGCUACAUGAACACAUGACUGUUAAUACUGUGUGUUUAUCUCCAUGACCUGAUUUACUGUGUGUUUCUGCAGCCAGGAGAUGGUUACUUUCAGCAUCUUACACAGACACCAAACUAUGGGAAGCCAGAGGGAGAGAUCCUCACAACCUGGGUAAGAUUUAAGUCUGCUAUUUUGAUAGAAAAGGUCACAUUUUAUUGGACCCUGACCUGACAAAUAAAGGAAAUAUAAUAUAUAUUAGAGUCAAGUUGAUGGUAUUCACACAUAUAUGUCAGAUAGGGCUUUCCCUUGAUAUGAUACCAAGAAAUUAACACUUAGACAGUCAUAUGAGCCGCAGAUUAAAAUGUAAAAAAAAUUAUUUUAGUUAUCAAUAAAAUACAGAGCUUUAAUAUAUGUUGGAUAAUUCACCACAUAUUUAACUGUUUUUUAGAGUUAUCAAUGAAUUAAAGAUAAUGAAAGGAUACACAAAAAGACUCCAUUAAAGAUAGCUCAAUUAAAGGCACCUUAUAUAGGAUCCUAUGCCAGGAAUCUUGGUUUUAUUUUGGAUGGUGAUUUUAAACUUGACAAACAGGUCAGCGCAGUGGUCAAAUCGAGCUUUUUUCAGCUUCUCGCAAAAGUGAAAUCCUAUUUAAGCCAGAAGGACCUUGAAAAAGUUAUCCAUGCUUUUAUUACAGCUCGUUUAGAUUACAGUAAUUCCCUGUAUGUCGGCAUUGGCAAAUCAGAGCUCAACCGCUUGCAGCUCAUCCAAAAUGCUGCAGGAUCGAUUUUAAGAUUCUUUUAUUUGUUUUUAAGUCUCUGAAUGGGCUGGCCCUGGAAUAUCAGUCUUACCUUGUUAAAUUGCGUCAGCCCUCCAGAGCCCUGAGAUCAGCUAACCAGGUGGUUUUAGACGUUCCUCGAUCCUUUUUAAAAUCUAGGGUAGAUCGAGCGUUUUCUGUCGUGGCUCCCACUUUGGAGUGGAAUAUUUUACCCCUGACAGUGCGCACUGCUAACAGCCUUUCCACUUUUAAAACACUUCUGAAGACGCACCUGUUCACUUCGGCUUUUGGGGAAAUAUAGCUACUUUUAUCGGGUAUUUUAUUUAAUUACUAUGUUUAUCUAUAUUGUUGUUUUAUGUUUUUAUAUGGUUUAUGCUUCUAUUGUUUUAAUAGUUUUUUAUUGUUUCUGACUUUUUUACUGUAAAGCACUUUGGUAGGCCACUGGCUGUUUUUAAAUGUGCUAUAUAAAUAAAGCUGACAUUGACAUUGACAUGUGAUUGAGAAAUUAAUUUUAAAAUAAUCUGACACACACUGUGUAACUGUAAAAAUAAAUUUAGUGCAUCAAUAAGCAGCAAGCAGGAGAACAACAGUGAAGGUUACUUGGUGCAGUUAGUCAACACAGGGUGGCAGCAUCACACUGCAGCAUCAUGGUGCCUUUACCAUGAACUGUUCAAUAGUGUGGGUAGGACAGCACAGCAGCGGUUAAUAAAGUAAGGAAAAAGUCUAAAGAAAGAAAGACAAAAGUUGAAAACAUUUUAAAUCAGUAUCAUCAGCAAAAGUCAGUGUGUAACAAUCAUUGUGUUUGGUUGUUUUUAGUUGUUUAGUUUAUUACAUUGAAACUGAAUAAAUAAAAGAAAGGUUGAUUUUUGUUUUUAUAUAAAAGAUUGUAUAACAGUUCAUCUCUGAAAAUUACAGCCUUAUUGGCAACCGCCAUGGACCAAACAUAUGAGAGGAAUCUCCCUGUCAGCUCUCUCUCUGUAUCUCGGGUGAGUUGUGUUGAUUUAAACUCUCUGUUCUUUGUUUGUUACAGCCAUUGAGUGUAUAUUAAAUUGAAGUUAAGGUUUAAUUUAGGAUACUAUUUAUGUUUUCAGUUUGUUGACAACAUUUCAUCGCGAGAGGAAGUCGAACAGACAGAGUACUACCUCUACAAGUAAGAUGAUUCAGGUUUUCUGCAUCACUCUCUUCAUCUGUAUAGCCUUUUUUUCAGAGUUUCUGUUGUUUCCUGGGUUCUUUUUUUGUGUUGCACCUUUUUUUACUGGAAUGACUUGUCUGUUUGGUUUGUCUGUUUUGGUUUUGGUUCAUUGUCAGUUGCAUGCUUUUCUUUGUCCGGGGCAACUCCAGACCUUUCCUGUUUACUCCUUCCUCUGGAAUCUGCACCAAUUCUUGUAAUUUACAAUAUUUAGUAAAUUCCCCUGAAAGCACAUUUGUUAUCUUAACCUGAUGAGAAUUAUAAGACUGCCGAUCAUUUGAUUAAAGUUUAUAAAUUUAGUUUAAUUUGACCUACAUUUUGUCUGUUUUUUUAUUGAAGCUAUUUGUAACUUUUAGGAUGCAUCUGUCACAUUUGGUGUUGCUCUUCUGUUGGUCUAAUCUUCUUUUUGUCCUGCACACUAAAAAAUCAAAAUGUGAAAGAUGCAUAAAUGCCUUUGUUUUUAACCUCUCCAGGUUUCGUCACAGUCCAAACUGCUGGUACUUAAGAGACUGGACCGUUCAUGAUUGGAUCCGACAGUGUUUCAAAUAUGGGGCGAGAGAUAAGGCUCUUUACACACUUAAAAACAAGGUAAGUUUAUGUAAAUCCCUCCAUUUACUCCUCGUGAAACAGUCUGGACACUGAUGUUAUUGACCUCUGUAUUCAUAAAUGUGAAUGAAGCAGCCAGCAGAAUAUUGGAACUGAUCUGAGCAGUAUAAAUAAGUCAAACAUGUUUGAGCAUUUCAUCUAAGCUUUUGAACUCUGCUUAAGUGAAUAACACUAUUUGGCAAUUAGCGUCACUGAAAUAUAAUAAAGUAGAUAAGAGCAUGAGCUAGAGAGGCACUCCAGUGUGAGCACAUCUGUUGUUGUUUUGAUUGGUGUCAUGUUACCGUGAGAUAACAGGUUACAUGAGAGAGAUGGGUCAAGAGCUAAAUGUCCUAAACCUGUGCACGCAUGUGUGUGUUUGUGCAUGUGUGUGUGCUUGUUUGUGUGCAGGUCCAGUACGGGAUAUUCCCCGAUGACUUUACCUUCAACCUGCUCAUUGAUUCUUUCAUUAAGGAUGAAGACUUCAAAGGUAAGGCGUCUUCACAAUUCACUCUCAAACUGUUUGGAGAGAAAAAUGAAAAGAACUUCAGUUUUUAGCAGAAGAUCACAUAACAAGUUUCAUCUGCUGUUUCAUGAAGACAGGAGGAAUAGAGACCAACUCAACUUUAUUUAAAGAGCACUUUAAAUACAACCAAAGCUGACACAAAGUGCUGUACAUAAUAACAUAAAAAAUAAAACAACAGUAUAUCGUAUAAAGAAAAGCAAUAAAACAAAUGCUGUCUCAUGCUAACCAAAACCAAAAAAAUCAUAAUGAUUGAAUUCCCCUGUUUCAUGAAUCGCAGUAAGUUAAACACAAGUUUUUUUCUUCUUUCUAUUCUUCUUUAACUUCUCCAUCCUUUAUUUUGUGGUUUUUUUUAUUUAUUUAUUUUCUUUUUCUUAUUUAUUGUGUAACUUAAUCUUUCUACUUGGAGGAGGUGCCUUUUUAAAAAAGUGAAUUAUUGGACAGGAGGUCAGAAAAAUACAUCUUGAACACAUCAUUGACUGCUGCCUUGAAGUCUAUAACCAUCAGAUAGUUGAAACCAGAACCUCCCUCAUAUAUCACAAUAUCAAAAUACUGUCAUCCUGCCUCUGACUAGAAUAAGUGCCUUUAAAUCUGUACUUUGGAGUGGACAUUGUUUAUUUGCGAUCAUUACUAUGAUUAUUCUCUUUGAUUUAAUCCUACAUUAUGUUUGUAAAAAGACACAUACAGCAGGUAAAAGGAAAAGAAAUGUAUUGAGAUUUAUAUACUGUAUUGUUUUGGUUAAAAUUUGAUAAAAAAUGAAGUAAAAAAAAAAACUUUUAUUUUAGUUUUGGCUGUGUCCAAAACCGACUCACUGUGUAGGGAGUAGUGAAUAGGGGAUGACUUUGUGAUUCUUACACAAUCUCAGACUGUCACUUAGAUUUGAAAUGGUUGCAGACAUUAAAGAAAGAAAGACAGUAUGACUGUGUGAAGUAAAAGUGAUUGAUUGAUUUCAUGUUUGUGUUUUACCUGGACAGGUGCAUGCUCUGUAGUUGAGGAGGUGAUGCUCCAGGAAGCCUUUGACCUCCCCUCCACACAGUUCCUGUCUCUGUACGCUCUGAGCAGUUACCUGGCAACCAAACCACAACUCACUGUAAGUGAAACAGCUGCAGCUACAUACUGUGGGAGUUUUCGGAACCAAAUUACACGAGAAUGUCCCCAGGCUUUGAAAAACAUCAUGUUUACCACACUGAUGACUGAUGAAUUGCUUUAACUGAUGAGCAUGUGAAUGAUGCAGAAAAAAUAACAAAUGUGCUUUUGAAUAAAAGUUGAUCCCUGUUGUGUUUAGGGGUCAGAGGAGCGGGCACUGGGAGCAUCUCUACUUCUCUGUGGGUUGAAGCAAGACAACACUGUUGGCUUCAGCGCCCAGCUGCUUGGCAAUGCCUUCCUAGGUUUGUCAUUUUGUAUUUCUUUCUAUGAUACAGGGAUCGAUCAAAUCAGUGCUUUUUCCCCUCCUAGAUUUGUGCUGCGACUUGAUUAUGUUAUAUUUCUCCUUCAGGUAAACUUGAGAUGUCACAGGGAAUACACGCAGUGUUUAAAGGGAUGCCUCUCUUCUGGGGUCAUGGGUAUGUUGGCCGAGCGCUGGCUGUUAUGGAGACGGUGGCUGCUGCUUCUGGUGACGUUAAGCUGUCCAAAGACACGGUAAGAAGAACCAAACAUCCCAGAGGAAUCAUCGAAAUAUAUAUAUAUAUAUAUAUAUAUAAAGUAUGCAUAUUUACUGCAACAGUGUGCAACGAGUUGGUGAUCCUUGUGAGUUGCUCGUACAAAUAUUGAACAUGAGUUUCAGAUUUGAUGAUUAGAUCAUCUAGCUUAAGCCACUCAGUGUAAUAAGUGAAAGAAUAAACAUCAUAUUUCAAAUAAUGAUAACAAAUCAUGAACCAUAUACAGUAUGUCUUUGAGGUAUGUAGAAGAUGUGCUUCCCUCUGGUUUGACAGACCCUCUCUGCUGAACCAAUAAUAGAGCCCAUUUUAUGUAAGCUGAAGCUCAAUACUGUUUGCCUGUAGCUUUGUUCAACCUACCUUGGGCUUUGAGACCUCUGAUGUUUGACCACUGAUGAGCUAAAGAGACUCAAAUCUCUAAAAAGUCAUCGACUUUUCAUUUUAUGAAUGAGACCUGCAAUACUAGCCCGCAUUUUCAGUGUUUCAUGGAUGCAGCUGCAACAGCUGUUAGUAACUGCGCUGUCACUCACAAAGUAUAAACAGAGAGAAGUAAAGCCAAGUAGAUAACUAUGCAAACAUAAAAAUGAGAACAGUAAAAACAGCGUCCCUGUUAUUUCACCUUUGACACUGGUUUGACUGAUGAGGUUAUUCAGCUGUAGAGUGUGUGAGCUCAGAAAUGCAGCUGCCACUUCUCACAUGCUGCACUUUGCCAGGGUGCUUAAAUUACCAUCAUCAUGUUAUCAACAAUUUGCCCCGCGGUAAAUCAAGUACUACCUUAUCUAGAGAAAAUAAACUGCAACACGACACAACUCUGAUAUUACAAGUACGAGAUAAGCUGUAGAAAAACAAACAAACAAGUCCAGCCAGACUGCAUUUCUUACUGCACUUCUGGGGACCCCAAUGCGUCAGUGUCAGACAAACAUAUUUCCAAAACUGUUUGACCGCUGCUGGAGGAUUUCCCUGUAGUCUGUGUUUACAAGUGAAUGUUGCAGAGUCUAAAAUAUUGCAUAGAAACCCAGCAGCAAUAUUAACAUCACGGCGCUACACAAAGACUGAAAAGAGGCUCCUGUUAUUAUCCAGGUGGGGUUUAUGACGCACACAGUCUUCAUCAGCUGAGAUGAAACAUGCUCGCUGUCAUGUUCUUGUUAUUUUCAAAUGUGUGCAUUAACACACAGUCGGGUGUAGCGCUUAUAUUCUGGUCUACACCGUCCGGUUUAAUAGUUCAGCUUUGUCUGCGUCUAAUGAGAUUCUGAAGAGCCUGGAGCGCUGAGGAUGUCUGUGAGAAUCACUGGAACAGGAACCGAGCCGGCCUGUGUCAGACAGCGGCACCGCAAUAAUGUAGCCAGAGCAGAUAACACCGCAGGAUAGAGAGGAAAUAUUACAUCUCAGAUCAAUGUGCCGGUGACUGCUGCCUCAGGUGACAGUUAAUCUCACCACCUCCUAAGAUUUAAAGGUGAGUUGACAAGUGGGGUAAUCAGCCACUUCAUCACACGCGUCUGUUUUACGUUAGAUUCUGAAUUUCUGAAAAACCGUAAAAGCUUUCAAAAGUCUAACUUUAACUUGGUUGAUUGUAUAUAAUACACAUUUUUGAAGCAUUAAAGGGAUAUUCCAACGUAAAAUUAAUUUAGGGUCAAACACACUGUAACACUGAGUUAGACACCCCCUCGAGAGAUGACUGUUGUCGACUGCUUGUUUCUCCUGUUAUACCAACUUUAGUAAUGACCGCACAACAGCAAUACACAGCAGUUUAAGGAGACACACACAAACCUCAACCAAAAAGCCACUCUAUAGCCACAAAUAAUGCUCAGAAAAGCACCUAACUUCAUCAACAGUACAUAUAGUACUCGCCAUCAAACAUCUUUUUAGAUUUGCCUGAUUUCUUUAACUAAGAGACUAAACACAGCUCACCUACUCUCUUCCAGCAGCCGCUUGUUUGUACGGAGACCUCAGACCAGUUCAUUACGGACUGCUGCAGGGUGACGCAGCUCAAGGAAGAACAUUUACGAUAAUUUCUUCAUGGAAAUAGAAUCAGAUUGAGACGCUAAGGCAGAAGAACUACCGCGUCUGCAGUGCAAAAUGAUUAUUAUGGUGAUUAUUACUUCAAGGAAAUUAUAAAGCUUGAUCUGCGUCACCCCGCAGCAGACUGUAAUGGACUGGCCCAAGGUCUUGCUACAAACAAGCGGCUGCUGGAAGAGAGUAGGUGAGUUAUGUUUAGUCUCUUUGCUAAAGAAAUUUGGUGUGUUUGUUUGAUGGCUAGUACUAUGGCUGGGACCCUAUAUGUACUGUUGAUGAAGUUAGGUGCUGUUCUGAGCAUUAUCUGUGGCUGUAGAGUGGCGUUUUGGUUGAGGUUUGUGUGUGGCGCCUCAGACUGCUGUGUAUUGCUAUCGUGUGGUUGUUACUAAAGUUGGUAUAACUAGAGAAGCAAGCGGUCAGCAACAUUCAUCUCUCGAGGGGGUGUCUAACACGGUGUUACGGUGUGUUUUACCUUAAAUUAUUGCCGGAAUAUUCCUUUAACAGCCGUUUCUAAUCAGUAUUUCAUAUUGAUUUUUCAAACAAUUACCAAUCUUUGAGUUUACUAACGCUUAAUUUGUAAUCUUCCUCAGCUGGAUCAUGUGAACGACUUGCUGCAGGAGCUCUCAUCAUCCUCGGACACAGACUCAUCUGGAGAAGAGUCAGGAAGUGAAGAGGACAAGAAAGUAGAGGAAGUGGAUGAAGAUGAUCAAGCCGAGAAGGAUAAGCUACCUCAGUAUGUCAGCAGAUUCAAGGUGAGUGUUUUUUUUUUUUGUGUGUGUACUAUAGAUGUCAAUUAUUUGUUGAUGCAAUUGAGUUUACAUUGAUUUCUUCAGAAGGUCAAACCUGUGAACAUGUGAUUAACAGUGUUUCACCAGUAGGGCUGGAACACAGAUGUUUUAGAGUGAAGUCUUGAAGGGAUGAAUAUUGGAGGUUAUUUUCAGUAAACUGCAGGGAUGUGGUUCUCAUGGAUUUUUCCUCUUGGUGAAGUGAUCCGUGUGAAUCAUGGAAAUCCUCAAAAACACAUUUUAAAGAAGGCCUUUUAAUAUUUUUGACACACUGGUACAGAACUUAGUAGGACAUCAGGUGCUGUCACCUUUUUAAGGCAUUUAGUUCAGAGUGAUCGGUAGAUGUACAGCAUCUCUCUUAAGCCUCUCACAUGUGCAGUUGCAGGUUAGUUGCUCUUGUUACAGGGAUGUUAUGUGCCCAUUACUUAAACCAGUGUUUACCAACCUUUUUUGAGUCAUGGUUUCAUUUUUUGAUAAAAAAAAAAUCACGAGGCGCACCACUAACCAAAAUGUUACCAAAAGACAUUUGGUAGCCCCAAAUACAGUUUAUACAGUGACAAUAUAGUCUCUCAGUCUAUUCAUACUCACCAUGUGUGAAACCUGGAGCUGUAGGUUAAAGCACAGACACUUGAGAAUUGCAUAUUAUUUGCAGAUAAUAAGUUAUUAAAAAAAUAGACCAAUAAAGUGAAAUUGGAUAAUUUCUCAGGGUACACCUGACUAUCUGUCAUGGGACACUGGUUGAAAAACACUGACUUAAACUAUCUCAAAGUUGAACUUCUUAAAAUUAAUUAAAAUCAAGACUGAAAGUAGCUUUAGCUUUCUUUGUGUGGUGAGAAAAUAGCCAAAGUUUACUUGACCAAAAGCAAAUAGACUUGUUUUAUAUUAUAUUGAACUAUCCUUCUGUUCCCAGAAAAGUAAAGUAAAUUUAGAGCCGGUGCCAUCUGUACUCUUAACACUCUCUGAGCUCUGAUUUGGAGGGAUAUUUAUGCUUUUAUUUUGCUGCUCAUUUUAGGAUCUUGAUGAUUAAUUGGUACAAAAAGUUCCCACCAGUAGACCACAGCAGUUGGCAGCCAAAAAAACGGCCUGUGAUGGCUCAAAUGUAAGCAUGAGAAAACUGCGCCUGAUAAGGAUGUUCAGAUUUAGAUUUCAGUAUGUAAGAGAAAGGAGCUCCUCAAAGAGUUAGAAAGUUUAAAUAUAUACUGUAUACAUUAAAAAAAAGCUUGGCUAUGAAAUAUUGCAAGAUCUAAGUCACUGUUUUAAUGAAAAAAAUGUUUUCAAGUCGCUGCUCCGUGGAGUUAAUUCAGUGAACCAAGUUUUCAUUCAAAACUCCGACAACUCCAAAACUCUGAGACUCCUUUGUUUUUGGUAGACUGCUGCCUGCCUUUUUUCUGUGAAAGUUUGUUUUUGUAUGAAUUUUGGAUGUGUUGCUGCCUCCUGUUGGUCAGCAAACAAGAAUAACUCCAUUACCUGGAAUCACAAAAUUUCUCCAUGGCUGAAUUAUGUUCAAAAACUUGACAUCAAUUCUGUCUGUACUUUAAAAUUUGGGGUUUGACUUCAUUUAGGACGAGGCAUGUAGUAACUGAGAUUAAGACAGCAAAAGAAACCAUGUGAAUCAAACCGUUUUAUUGGCUUCAUUCAUUUAUAAAAUUAUAAAAUGAAGUCUGUGCUCUCAGAUUUCUUAAUCAGAACAUCCAGUUCAGUGUUUUUACAGACUGAACUCCAGAUAAUCAGUCUCUCAUGGGAAUUAAGGAAUGUUUUCAGAGCAGCUGAAGCAGUUUGCAAUGUACUGAAAAGAGAAUUCACUGAUAGUUAAUACUCAGAGUUAUGCAUAUGAAGGGAUGAGGCAACAUUUGGGUGUUUUUAACAUCUUUCUGUUCUGUUUUUUCUUCAGGAACUGAGGAGCGAGCUGGAGUCUCAGGGUAAAGUGGACUCGGCCUCUUUUCAGGCUUUAGCCACCGCUCUGGCCCAGCAGAACCUGUCGGCUGCGGAGAAACUGGACUUGGAGCAGUAUGAGAAACGGAUGCAGGGAUGGGAAUCUGAAAAGAAGCAGCUGAUCCAGAGAGAGAAGGAGACAAGAGAGAGGGUAGAGGAGGAGAAACGGGAGCGGUUAGCUGCAAAGGCCGCAGCCGAGCAGGGGUGAAGAGACUCUGAAUUAUGACAGAGAUGUAUAUUGACUGUGUACAUUUAGGCUGAUGGAGAUAUUAUGGAUUUAAUGUCUCUAAAAUUGGGAAGUAUCCUCAUUGGCAACAUCUCAUCUGCAUGUUUCUUCUGUCAAUCUCACUUUUCGUGUGUUUAUGUGAUGUGUUUUGCUCUGUUUUAUAAAUCAAAAAGGCUAAAUAUAAAUUUAUCCUCAAAUUAAACAGAUUCAUUCUUUCAUAUAA